UUUUUGGCUCAAAACAUUGAAACACUCAGUUUGUUGAGAAAAUAGCUUUUAGAUUAUGAAUAAAGGGUUAUUUUUAAAAAGACGUUGAAAUGGUAUAAGCUAGUUUAACAGGUAAUUGGGCAAUCGACAUCGAAAGUUUGUUAAUAGAUCUAAAUAGUACAACUGGUAGUCGGACUUGCAUUCAAGUCAAAACAAAAAUGGCGGCGCCCAUGAACAAUGCUACAACUCCGGUUAAUUCGGGGUCUUACGACUUAAACGAAUUGGGUAUUCCUAAAAAUCUCACUCCCAGUGAUGUAUCUAACUUUAAUCUUAUUAUUGAUCAUGUAAUUGGUAAUAAAAAACGACCAAGAGCUGAUGUCACCAUUCCGAUCGGAGGAAUCCCUCAAAUGCCCUUGUCACGCGAGGAACUUUUCAUCCGUGGAAUAUUUGACAGCUGUGCUUUUAAAUCCACUGCAAGUUGCGUUGUUGGGUUUGCAUUGGGUGCAGCAUUUGGUUUGUUUACCGCUGGCGUUGAUCCAAUGUCUACUAUGUCUACUGAGACUCCAACAACUCGCAUGGUGCUGAGAGAAAUGAAAGCUCGAUCCUUAUCUUACGGCAAAAAUUUUGCACUGGUUGGAGCAAUGUUUGCUGGGACAGAGUGCCUGGUUGAGUCUUACAGAGGAAAAACUGAACUUAUCAAUGGAACAGCCUCAGGAGCUAUUGUUGGUGGUGUGCUUGGAUUAAGAGCUGGUCUGAAGGCAGGUAUUUUUGGUGCUGUGGGGUUUGCAAUAUUUUCUACUGCCAUCGACUACUAUAUGAGACAUUUGUAACAUUUUAAGAUUUUAGUUUUAUGAAUUUAACAUGUGAUGUAUAUACAAAAAAGAGUUGUAGAAAUCAAAUGUAAAGACAGUGUAAAUAUUAUUUAAAAUUUGAACAAUAAAAGAAUCUACUAUGUC